CGGAGACUUGAGGAAGUGAGAGGAAAUCCACAUCCGUUCCUCUUUCUCAUCAGUCAUCAGAUCGGUGGUGCCGGACUUGACCGAUGGCCUCGUCGGCGGCGGCGUUAGAAACGGCUCGCCGGCUGCUGGAGGAUGCCGCAGGCGAGACGCUUCCGACGGAGCAGGUGGACGCGCUGCCCUCCGGCUUCUACGACGCCUUCGUGCUCUGCGGCAUCCGCGUCCACGUCGUCGAGCCUGGCCGCCUCCUCUGCCACUUCACCGUCCCCUCCCGUCUCCUCAACUCGGGCAACUUCCUGCACGGUGGUGCAACUGCGUCCCUUGUUGACUUGGUGGGCUCUGCUGUCUUCUACACCACCGGUGCACAGACAAGGGGCUCACCACUAGAGAUGAAUAUCUCCUACCUGGAUGCUGCAUUUUCAGAUGAAGAGAUUGAUAUCGAGGCCAAGGUUCUGCGUGCUGGAAAGGCAGUAGGAGUGGCUACUGUCGAACUGAAGAAGAAAUCUGGCAAAAUCAUUGCUCAAGCUCGCUAUUCAAAGUAUCUUGGUGCAUCUAGUAAACUGUGAAGGUGUAAGCUGUAAGCCUGUAUUUUCCCUUGCUUACUUGGUGAUCUGUAUGUAAUAGAAUAAUGUCGUCUUGAAAUGGAAAAUAUGGAAAUUACUUCAGGAUCCACUAUCA